AUGAAGCUGAGAAAGCAGAAUGAAGAGCUAUCCGAGCGAAGCUCAAAGCUCGAGGAAAAGCUUAAAAUAGACCAAAUGAAGAACGCCUCGCUUUUCAAAAAUGCCAUCAAUGUUAGAUUUGAAAAAGAGAUUCAGGCUCUGCAUAAACGCGAACAAGAGGUCAAAGACGAGCUCUUUUCAAUUAUGAAUGAUGUGGACACCGUUAAAAGUAAACUUGAAGUCUUGGAAAAAGAGCGAGCUAAGAACGAAAAGGAGUCCAAAGCGGUUGCCAAGUUGAGUGCGUCUGCCAUUGCCACGAUGUUCGGAGGCGGACUAAACUCCGAGGUUUUGAAAAUCGCCUCAAAAAAAGGCUCGCGCAAAAACAGAAAUUAA